UUUAUUACGCAAGAUUUCUUUUCAGACCACCUGGAAAUACAAGAAAGUAAACAAAACGAUCGCCAAAGAAGAUUCUCUAGAGGCCUGGGGCUGGGUCAGGAAUCCAAGCCACGCCAGGAAGGCAAGAAAGGUAUCAAUCGAAAGAUAAAAAUGGAGAUAAAAAACGAAAUUCGCAUGGUGCUGGGUUCACUAACUCAGAUUUUCUGCGCAAAAGAAGAAAGACUUUGUUUUGGAGGCCCUAAAGGGGAAAAAGGUGACGUGGGCAUUGAAGGAAGUCCUGGAGUUCGCGGGGAAAAAGGAGUCGCUGGACCGACUGGACCGAAAGGAGAUAAAGGUCAGUUGACUUACUUGAAUACAAGAAACCUUCUUCUUUAUGCCUUGAAGUUUCAUCUAUGAGUACAAUAUAAUAAUGAAGAUGAUAAUGGAAAUUUGAUGAUGAUUAUGAUAGUUUCAGUUCAUAGGAUUACUUUUUUAGAGACCUCAAUGCAUGUAGAAAUAAACACUAGGCUAUUCAAUAACUGGGCACCUUACAGCUGCGUGAAAGCCGCCAAGCGAAUCUAAAGUCUGAUCCAGUCAGUUUCUACAGAUUUAGGGCUGCAAUAAGAACGCACCACUCCAAGAUGUAGCCGAAUUAUUUAGAGGAAAAUAGCAAGAUUCCGCCCAACGAUCGCAAAUUGCUGGUGAGGAUUUACUGAUUUCUCAAUUCAUCGGAUGCGCGACACAAUUAAAAUUUUAAAAGUUUUAAAAUAUUAGUCGCGUCCUCGCUGAUUAAUUAAAGCAACACACAGCGUGAGGGUUAAACCAAAAUGUUCCACUAUUGUUUUUUAAGGUGAUCCUGGUAUUUCAGUUGCUGCUCCUACAAUUACUACACCAUCAAAAGUGAUAACCAUCAGAGAGACACAAACAGCCUCACUGUCAUGCAGAGCCAAAGGACUUCCUUCACCACAAACAACCUGGGUUCGAGUCUAUGGGUCUUUACCCAGUGGUCGUCACGUGAUUCACAGUAAUGGUACGAUGGUUAUCAGUGGGGUUCUGUAUGAAGACGCUGGAAUGUAUGUGUGCCAAGCCAAGAAUGUUCUGGGAAUCGCAAAAUCGACCAUGCUGCUGAUUGUGCACGGUACAACAUUUAAAUUUUCUCGAUUUAAGGAAAAGUCAAUAUAAAGAAGGCUGUGAUCUGGACCCAUAAGUUACUAAUGAGCCAACAGGGAACUUGAUCCCGGCUGAACUUUAACUCAGGCUUUACCUAUAUAUCCAGUCUCACCCCUAAGUGAUUUAAAACGUUCAAAAACAGGAACGUGGGAAUUCAUAUUAGCUGAGGGACGGGGGAGGAGGGCUCUUAACAAACUUUAGAAUUGGUAAACCUGUUAUGCUCACUUAAUUUUUUUGUCCAGUUCCCGUUCAACUGACAAGGACGCCUCUUCCACUACGGAUCGAAGAAGGACAGACAGCCAUGUUUAUAUGUGAAGCAUCUGGAUUUCCUGAGCCUGUGAUAACUUGGACAACGCUAUCCGAGAGAGGGCGCAUACUUACAAAUGGGUCAACGUCUCUUAAGGGACAGCUGACAAUCUACAACGCCACCCUUAAUGAUAGCGACUACUACACGUGUACUGCUAAAAAUGACGUGAAUGAAGUCAAAGCAUCUGCACAGUUAUCCGUUCUCCCUAAACUGAAAUUUCUUAUCCGACCAGUCGAGCAGAUGAAUGCAUAUCUCGGCAGCACAGUGACACUGCAUUGCCAAGCAAGCAAACAACCAAUACAAUGGGCUAAGGAAGGUGACGCUAUGCCAAAAACAUUCGAGAUUUUGCGCAACGGAACUUUAAUUAUAAAUGUAACAUCUAUUCUCGAUGGUGGAUGGUACCGCUGUGCAGCAGAAAGCGAAAUCGCAGUCAUUAAUGCAACUUCUGCCCUAACAGUCCAGGUGCGAUCAUGCAGUGAGUGGAGACUCGCAGGUUAUAAUCGCAGUGGUAUUUUCAAUGUAAAAGCAGAUGAAGAUUCACCGAUGUUCAAAGUGUUUUGUAACAUGACUGAUAAGGGUGGUGUUGGGGUAUCGGUGAUCAGUCACAACUCAGAGCAGAGAACGGCCGUCGAGGGCUUCUUUUACCCAGGGAGCUAUUUACAAGAAGUGACUUACGUGGGGGCAACUAUGACUCAGAUCAAGAACCUCAUCCAGGCAUCCACCCAUUGUGAACAGUUCAUAAAAUAUGAAUGCCGCCAUUCUGUGCUUCUUUGGAGGGGAUCACCUUACGGCUGGUGGGUGUCACGUGACGGACAGAAAAUGACGUAUUGGGGAGGCGCUUCCCCCGACAGCAACAUGUGCGCAUGUGGAAUGAACUACUCAUGCGCCACGGGCGAAGCGUGUAACUGCGAUGCCAAUGAUCUGACGUGGAGAGAGGACAGUGGACUACUGACUGACAAGUCCACUUUGCCCGUUACGCAGCUCCGGUUUGGUGACACAGGAGACCCAAGAGAAGAAAAAGGUUUUCAUACUUUGGGAAAACUGAAAUGUUAUGGCAUAGCCUCGACCAAGUCAUAA